AUGGCGGUCCCCAAACCUGCGGAGAUGCUAUGCUGUGUGGCCGGGGCUGGGGCCUGCCAAUCACGUGACCUGAAGGAGAGGGUCCCCCUUACAGCCUUGAAAUUGCCAAAGCACAUUGAUUAUGGUCAAUUGGAUGCAUUAUUCCACGUGAACAGACCACAGGGCAGCCGGAGUUCUCUGAGUAUCCUAUCAGCUCACAAUGAGAUUAUAAAGAAUUACUCUAAAAUAUUCCGGCAGAGAAAAAUCAGACUGCCUAGACUUUCCCAGCAGAAGGAACAAAGAAAACUGUCUGAGUACACAGAAGAGCGUCAGCGCCUACAAUCGGAGGACGACGCUCACAACAUAGCCAUCUACGUUCAACAACUGCUCGGUGGCCAUCUAUGUGAACCCAAAAACUUUGAAGAGAAGGUAGAAGAAUUACUGGAAAUUCUAAAGAAAUUGCCCAUUCACAGGACCCUGCGCGAACACAAGACCGUGUGGAAGAUGCUGAAAACAGUUCCAGAUUUAACUUCUCAGCUGACAGAUGACCAUCUGAGGAUUCUCAGUAAGAACGUCAUUUCUGAAACCUGGAUAAAAGGCAGCACAGUGGUCGGAAAUGAUGGAUUUUAUGUGAUACUGAAAGGCCUGGCUCGAGCGCAGACACAGCUGUACAAGAACCUCGUCGAAGAGGAGGGCUUCUCGGCCACGUGCAUCCCGCAGAGCUUCCCCAGCUCCGCGUACAGCGAGGACCUGCAGCACCCGGCGGCUCGGGGCACCCUGCUUAGACCAUGGAGCACCUUUGGGACCCUGGAUGUCACAGCUCAGAUUCAGUCGGACCGAACGGUGUCCUCAGUGGUGACAGAAGAAGAUUGUGAACUUCUUAAGAUCUCUGCAGACAAUUAUGCAAAGUUUAAAUUGGAAAAAACAAAGUUUGAAAAUAAAGAAAUAGUGAAACUAAUCCGUGGGUGUCCCUACUAUGAGGAGUGGCCAACCCUGUACAUCCAUGAGCUGGUUCUGCGUGUUAAAUGGAAGAAGUUUCCUCGUGGUCAUGUGAUAGUGGAAAGUGGAAAUAUAAUUCCUUUCGUGGCUUUUAUUAAUUCUGGACAUUGUAACAUUUAUAGAAAUGUUGUAGGACUCGUGAAAUUACAGCCAAAAAAAAUGAAGAAGGUCCGGAAGCUGGUCUACAUGGGGCAGCUCCACAAGCAGGAGUCCUUUGGCGAGCUCAGCGCGCUCCUGCAGCUGCCCUUCACCUGCACCGUGGUGGCCGGGGAGGAGGUGGAGGCGGCUGUCAUCCAAGGCAAGGACCUGCGUGAAUUAGAUCCAGUGACCCAGAAACUUAUGCUCCAAACAGCUAAACCAACUUUUGGUCAUCUCACAGAUGAUAAGACAGUGAGAGACAGCCUGCAUUACAAUGGGAUUGUUCCAGGCUUCGGCAAGUGGGAACAUCACUGGACCAGCGUCCCAAGGAACCUCAAGGACACCCUGGUCAUUUAUUAA